GAUAUCCUUGAUGACUCCUUUGAUGACUCUAGCACGGACUCCGACAUUGAUGAGCUCUUGGAGGGGACGAAGGGUGGGGAAGGAGCAGAAGACUCAGGAAAGUCAGGAGGGAAAGACAAGUCAGAGGCGGAGGAAGAAGACGAUUCAGGAAGCGAUGAAGAGGCAUCAUGUGAAGCAGAGGAUGAAGAAGGAGAACCGGCAGAAGAGUCAAACCAGGAAGAGGCAGAUGAAGAGGGUUCAGGAAAGAAUGAAAGCGAUGAUGAUGGCUCUUCUGAAGAAGGAGAGGAAUCAGAGGAAGAGGGGUCAGAUGAUGAUGAUGAAGUGGAGUCGGAGCCAGAAGCGUGGUUCUACAUGCGCGUUGGAGUCUCCUACAAGCAAAAGGAAAUCACUUCCGAGUCAAUGUCUAUCAAGGCCAAAAAGAACUUGGACCCAGAGUUGAGGGCUUCCCUCACCGACGCUGACGACGGCAUUCUUCGGCCUGGCGCUCUUCCAAAGAUCCAAACGGCUUCAGCUGCAGGGAACAAAGCUCUCCUGGAUUCGCUUGCCAAGGUUACAGCUGCCCCCAAAAAAAAGAAGGAGAAGGUGGAAGCGGAGGAGGUGGAACCAAAGACAUGGGCAGAGAAGGCCUCUGACAGCUUGGGGGACCUCUUGCAAGAUGCGGCCAAAGCCAGGACACUCUCCAUCAAACUGGGCCCAGUUCAGUAUGCGAGUGAGUUGGCUUUACAAAUGAAGAACCAUGCAAACCAUUUGGAGAAGUUGUAUCACAACAUCCGAGUGGCUUUGGACAAGAAAAGCGACGACAAGACUUACAAAAAGCUCCUCAAUCAAGUCGCUGAAGGCGCCGCCUUUACAACAAAGUCUCAGGCCGCAGCCAAUGCAUUCCUGAAGCCUCCGAGCAAGAAGAAGAAGAAGGAAACGAGUACUGGCGGCACCAAAACCGGAGACAAGGCCCAGACAAGGCCGCGGAGGUAA